UCAAACGUUUGAUGAAAGAGGCUGCAGAACUGAAGGAUCCUACAGAUCAUUAUCACGCACAGCCUUUGGAGGAUAAUCUUUUUGAAUGGCACUUUACUGUUAGAGGCCCUCCAGAUUCAGAUUUUGAUGGAGGGGUUUAUCACGGGCGAAUAGUACUACCACCUGAAUAUCCCAUGAAACCACCCAGCAUUAUUUUGCUGACGGCCAAUGGCAGGUUUGAAGUGGGGAAGAAAAUUUGUUUAAGCAUCUCAGGGCAUCAUCCUGAAACAUGGCAGCCUUCAUGGAGUAUAAGAACAGCUUUACUGGCCAUUAUUGGAUUUAUGCCAACCAAAGGUGAAGGAGCAAUAGGAUCUCUGGAUUAUACACCAGAAGAAAGAAGAGCUCUUGCAAAGAAGUCACAAGACUUCUGUUGUGAAAUGUGUGGCACAACUAUGAAGACAGCCCUCUUACCACUAACGUCGGGAAGCGUGUCAAGCCAGGCGGACAAGGAGGCUAAAGAACUUGCCAGACAAAUUAGCUUCAAGGCAGAAGUCAAUUCAUCCAGGAAGUCUGAUGCUGGACCCUCAAACACGUCAGGAUUGAACCACUCUGCUGCUUCGCGUGAGCCCCAGCAGGGUGGUGCAGCUAGAGCAUUCCAGGAUCCAACGAGUUCAACGUCUGAAACUCAGAACAGCAGUGCAGAAGCCAGUCAAGAGCACACUCUGGCUGUGUCCACUAACAGGUCGAUGAGUCCUCGGCAGCGCCGUGCCCAGCAGCAGAGUCAGAGACGGGCUCCGUCUUCAACUGACUUUAAUCGUGUACAGCAACCAAGAGUCAACAUGAACCACACUGGAUCCACUGUUCUGAUUGUUCUUCUGACUUUUGCAUUGGCAGCUCUUAUAUUUCGUAGAAUAUGUUUGGCUAACGAGUAUAUAUUUGAGUUGUAAGGUUGUUUGUCUUAACAGCAGUGACUUGAAUGCUUCAUUGAACGUUCUGUGCUGGGUAUGACAUGAGAACUGUUUACAAAGA